AUGAGCAACCAUUGCGAAUGCUGUGAGAGGAUGAUACGGUUCAUCAGAGAAACGUGCUGUGCCGGCACGAAGGCUGCCUCUGAUGUUACAAAACCAAGCAGUCGCUAUGUUGAUAAUUCAAGCAGUUCUCAUAAUGGUACCACUCAGUCGUCAGCAGGGGAAGGUUCAGAUUCAGAUGGAAGCCAAAAGGAAAGCUCGUACAGUCAUCAAAAAUCAGCAAAGAAGGCUGCAAUAUCAGAUUCUUCUGAGGAAUUAUCAGGGUGGUGCUAUCUUACAGAAGCACAGAAGGUGAAGAUACAUGCACUUGUAGAGAAAAUUCGACCUGAAAUCCCAGUGCUUGUUGUACAGAUGAAGAAGACCAGCGCAAACAUUGGUAAUCUGGUAAUACGCAAGGACUACGCACUCAAGUACUUCCCAUGUGAAGCUACAGAUAUCAUACUCCAGCUGCCUGGCAAGAACAAGGAAUGGAGGUGCAAAUUGCAGAUCAGGCCAUCUGGCAUGGUUGGUGCUGGUCGGCGCAACCUUUAUUUGGGCAGCUUUGUCCACGACAACUGUGUUCAAGAGGGAGAUAUCUGCCUCUUUCAGCCACUAGCAAAGGUUAAGGAAGAAAAGUUCACAGUAAUUGUCCAUCUGCUUCACAAAGAGGGCAUUCGUCGUUCCUCUGGUGGAAGAGCUGAUAUGGCACACACGGCUGCUGAAAGAAGGAUAUGCGCAAAGACGGCGUUAACAGCCUCUGUUAAGGAGGAACCGGCUACCGAUGGUGAAGAUACGUUAUCUUUGGGAUCUGAAGAGGAUGGAGGCAAUUCUGAGGGAGCUUCUGAGACCCCCUUCAUAUUGCCAGACAGACCCUUUGUAACGCCAGCACAGGAGCAGAAAGUGCGGGAGAAAGUAGAAGCCAUUGACUCGACAGUACCAGUUUACGUCGCGAUCCUGAACAGGUCCAAUGUUCGUUACGACAAUUUCACCACCUUCCUAACAUUUGGCGCAAAGUACGCAUCAAGGUAUCUCAACAAGAAUUACGGUGCUGGGCAUCACGGAAAGAAGAACAUGAUCAGUUUGGUGCUUCAGCGGGAGGGGAAGAGCAGGACGUGGAACACGGAGCUGCAACGCAGGGUGGAUCGGACGUCGAUCCUCAAAGGAUGGGCGUCUUUCGCCCGUGGCAACCGCCUGCGGGAGGGUGACCUCUGCCUCUUCAAGUUAAUGGAAAGCGUGGAACCGCUGAAGAUGAUGGUGUACAUCAUUCGCCGUGAGAAGUGCUUAGCUUGA